CUCGAAGCUGCCGAUGAUGAGAUCAAAGAGCAGAAAUGGAGGCUACUGACGGAGGAAGAAUUGGAGUUGGUAACAUUGGAAUUGUAUGAGCGAGGCUCAUACAGUCCAUCAUAUGGCGAUGAGAAGGAAACAAUGCCCGGUAUUGAGAUCCUCGAUGAAUUGGAAGACGCGAAGAAGCGUAAAGAAAUGAUGGAUGAAGCUGAUAACGCUGCAGUAGCAUCAUCAUCACUGGGCUUAUCGUUGGCUGAGAAGGAAAUGGAGCUGAUAGCCCGAAAAGGCAUGACAGAUGAUGAAGCAACAUUUUCGGUAGAAGCACCACUGGAAGCUCAGACUUUUUUGUGGUCUGAAAAAUAUCGACCACGAAAACCAAGAUACUUCAAUCGUGUUCAUACGGGCUUCGAAUGGAAUAAGUACAAUCAAACUCAUUACGACAUGGAUAAUCCACCACCGAAAAUUGUUCAGGGAUAUCGGUUUAAUAUUUUCUACCCAGAUUUACUGGACGUAACGCAAACACCAACAUUCACAGUAACGCCAUGUGAUGAUCCGGAUUUCGCUGUGAUACGAUUUCAUGCUGGGCCCCCGUAUGAGGAUAUUGCAUUCAAAUGUGUGAACAGGGAAUGGGAGAUUAGCCAUAAACAUGGCUACAAGUGCCAGUUUGCUAACGGCAUCUUUCAGCUAUGGUUUUUCUUCAAAAGAUACCGCUACAGGCGAUAA